CCUGGUGUGGCGGGCAGAGCCGGGGGAGAGCGGCCGCACCGCGCCGCGCGCGAGCGAGCCGCCCGCCGCCCGACGCGUCUGCGCGGGGAGGGGAGUGUGGGGAGCGGCUCGGCGGCAGCUGCCGCCACGAGACGAGCCAGUCGCGUGCGAUGGCCGCUCCGGAGGAGGAGUACGCGGUGGACGUGAGCUCGCGGCUGCCGCGCCGGGGCAGUCGCGGCGACCAGUCCGGUGAUGGCUAUUACGUGCAGCUUGACAAGGGCAUUGACUCGGACCUGGAGGAGCUGGCGGCGCCCUCGGCCGGCUCGGACACUGCUCAGACGCCCAGUGUGGACAGCCUGGACACGGCCUCCAGCGACAACACAGAGGCGACCAUGCGGCUCAACGAGGACGCUGUGCCGCCGCCGCCGCCGACCCCUCCGCCGCCGCGAGUGUCUCCCCCUCCGCCGCGACCGGCAACGCCGCCGAAACAGAGGCGGGGGUCGACCCCGCCACCGCCGCCGCCGCCGCCCCCGCCGACAUCGCCGCCUGCCGCCCUGGCGCUGCCGCCACUGCCAGUCAAGUCGGGAAGCUUCCCUCAGUUGCAUUCCCGGACCUCGCCCGAGCGGGUGGAGGUGACAGCCCCCGCGUACCCACCGCCAUCGCCGCCGGCACCGGCCCCCUCACCGGCCCCCGGUCCCUCGCAGGGCCGCGCCCUGGCCGAGGGACCGGGACCGGGGCUGGGACCAGGACCAGGACCAGGACCGCCGCCCGGACCGCCGCGAGUCCCCGUCUCCAUCAUGCACACUGACCGUCGUGACAGUCACGCCACGGAGGAGUUUCUGGCCAGCUGCGCGGACGGCGACUCGGACGACCUGGACGAGAUCGCGCCCUGUCUGGACGACGACAAUGACCUGGCGUCGGUGCACACCAAAAGCAUGAAACAACAGAGCUGUGAGUCGCUGAUGCUGGUGCUGAGUGCGCUCUACUGUAAGCUGCUGGUGGUGAUCGGUCUCGCCUUCCCCCUCUCCGAGGUCAUAUCGCCGGAAAUACCGCCGUUCUAUUACAAUGCAUUCUACAUAUUCUUGUACAGCGUCAGCAUUCUGUUCCUGUUGUACGUGUACAUGUUCCUCAUGCGAGACCUGUCCGGGUCCUCAUCGUCGCCGGGCUCUUCAAAGCUGUCCAAGCUCUCCAGUGCCAGCGUCUCUAGGCUCAGCCCGAGUGGUCGACGGGUUACAAAGAAAAGCGGUGAUAAGUCACGCAAAGACCGACUGCUGCGCCCGGAGGCUUCACAGCGAGACAAGCUGGGCCGUGACCUGGACUCCAUCAGUCAGACCAGCCGCGCCUCUCAGAGAAAACCGUACCAGGUGUUGGUGGCCAACUACGGCAGCUUCUACCUCCGCAUGGGAGCUGUCCUGUUUGGAAUCGGCAGUAUGAUCUACUGUGGUCUCUCGAUGGGUCAGUAUUUCGAGAUGCCUGCCCUGGACGAGUGCACCAACAUUCUGGUGGUGGUUACUCCCGGACUACGGCUUGCCUUCACUUUUGUCCAGAUGUACUUCAUUUUCCUCAACGCCAGUAUGUGUGUGAACCAGCACAAGCUGGUGGCGCGGUUCGGCCUGAUGCACAUGGUGGGCACCAACCUCUGUGUCUGGCUAAACGUGGUGAUUGAGGAGACGAAGCACGAGCUGGUGCACCUGCUGCACAAGCUGGAUCAUGAUGCCGACUCACUGCGAAUUCCCGGGGGUCUGGAUGACAGCAAUGAGUCGUUGUCCUCGUCCUCCGAGAGCGCUGAAGUGAGCUCCGAGACGGCCACACUGCUGGAGGACCUGGGUCACUUCAGGACGACCCUGGACGGCACCUCGCUCACCAAGUGUAUGCGCUCCGACAUCAUGGGUCAGCUGGUGAACUCGGCGGCGCCGUUCCUCUUCCCCUGCACCAUCGAGUACUCGCUCAUCUGCGCGGCCACGCUUUACGUCAUGUGGAAGAACCUCAACAAGCUGAACACGGUCUGUGUGGUGCCCGACCUCAGCCUCUCGGUGGUGACCGAUAAGCUGAAGAAACAUCAGUAUUCAGUCGAUUGUGCAAGGGCUUCCAAGGGUCUGUUUCUGGGAAUACUGGUGUUCGUCGCCUCGGUCAUCUCUCUGAUUCUAUUCUUCGUGCUCAUCAACAACGGUGCCACUCGCUCGGUGGCUAUCAUGAGUGCCAGCAUGACGGAGCUGGUGCUGUACAGCGUCACCGUCCUGGCCACGCUGGUCGGCAUGAUACAGAUCCAGCGACUCAGGUACGAUUCUGAGCGAAACAUCGAGUUGGAUAACAUCCUGCUGGUGGUGGCGCAGACGGGCGUCUACCUGUACGCCUCCUUCAACAUCAUCGGCUCGCACUUCUCUGGCGACCUCUACCAGCUCAUCACCGGCAUCAUGUCCAUAGUGCAGGUGACGAUGCAGACGAUGUUCAUUUUGGACGCCUCAUGCCGCCAGGCCAGCCGGAGUAGUCAGGUGCGGCACAAGCCCGGGAGAGAGGUGGUAACGUUCCUCCUCAUCUGCAACUUGGCCAUGUGGUGCAUCAACACGUUCGAGACCUCGCGCUCGGACGCCCACCCUAAGCAGCUGCACUUCUUCGGCUUCUGGGCGUGGACCAUCAUCAGCCACGUGUCCAUGCCUCUGGCCAUAUUCUACCGCUUCCACUGCACCGUCUGUCUGUGCGAGAUCUGGAAACGCGCCUACAAAUACAAACCCGACUCUGUGUAACUGCAUUCCACCAGUAUCGGUAGAAUGACGUCAAGUGGAGUGAGAUGUUUCUACUUCUUCCGGUGGGUUCGGUGUGUUUUACGGAGAGUUUCUCUAACAUUGGAGAUAUUUGGUUGUUUAGUAGUCAUGUGUGAGCUGUGUAAGGUGCCAACGAUGCAACUAUGGCCUAGGAAAGGAGGGUAAGUACUCUGGAGGCGUCUUAGUCAAGUCGGCUAUGUUCUCGGUGGUGUUGCGUAAUUAUUUGUAUCAUCGAAGGUUGUGUUUUUUACAGCUCAUACGUAUCAAUCCGAAAAUAAGGCGUUUGCGUAUUGGAGAAUCUCCUAUUAUUUUACAAAUGAAACAGUUUUUAAGUACAUCCUCCUGAGUUGAUUCAUGCUUGGAAAGCAGUGGUCUUGUAAUGUAAUAAUUGUUUUCAAUCAAAGCUGUAUCAACGUUCAACCAGUCACGCUCUUUGAAGCAUAGGCGGCGGAACGGGGAGGGCACCGGGGCACCGUGCCCCCUUUGAUUUUGGCAUUUUAACGUUAGCCCUAUGGGCGUUUCAUGGAAAGGAUGGGACCAAAAGUCGGCAGUGCCCCCCCCCCUUAAUUGAAGGUGUUCCGCCGCUACUGCUUUUGAAGUCACUCCUUUACCUAAGAAAUGACGAUCCACAGUGGAAAUCGGACGAUAAUUUGUCCAGACCAACAGCGUUGACUGACAUUUAACCUAUUCGAUAUUGUGCCAUAUCGUUAGUACCCUAAGUCGAAAGGGUUUGAUAUCAUCCCUGCAUGUGGCAGGUGACAUACGUAUUUGAAAGGCCUGAAUUAGGCCUAUCUGGUCGACAGUUGUGUCAGCCUGCGCAUUGUGGCAUUCUGGAUAAAGUGGGAGAAAUCGGCGCAUUUUGUCAUUCACCUGUGUCGUGGAGAGAGAUGACUUGCUUAUCCACAAUGUUCCGUGUUGUGAUGUUGUAUGUUCCAUGUACCUAUUGUGGCACGAUAUUUAUGGCCGCUAUGAGAUCAGUGCCCGAAUGAUAUUCGAGCCCUCUAGCCGAUCAGAACUAUAUGCGUGUAGGAACGUAUAGAUUUUGUACGAUUUCUGACGGACUUAUGUGUGCGUUGACGGCCCUCAGUCACAUUAUUUCCGGAAUAGAUAUGAGGUAUUGCUGUAAUCUUCACAUGAAUCGCAUCUGGUUUUACUUUGUAAUCGUUCUGCGGUCUUACGUCGUCUCUGGUAAGCUGUCUACACUACAUAUCGGUUACAAAAGCUGUUUUGCUUUACGGAGUUCCAUCGUUUCAGUAAAUGACCGUAUCGUUACCCAGUAGCUCAUAAGUGUACUGUGAAACCACGUAUUUAUAUGUGCCACCCCUGCCAUGCCCGUAUGUACUGCAGCAGCAGUAACGCCUUCUAUGUAUAGUUCAAAUAUACUCCCUCUUUGUACAUUUA